GGGAGAGGUUGCUCUAAGUUUUGGGCUGAACUUUCUCCAGAUGCAGCUCCUCCGUUAUUUCCUAAGUUUGUGAAGGACUUUCAGUCGUCCAUUCUGCUGCAGAAUACAGACCUGACACCCCGAAAAAACGGAGACAGCUCCUUUUCCUUGGGUGAUAGCAAAAUAUUAAAAUACUACUAAUUCUUAUGUAACAGAAUUUCGACUAUUCGAAGUGACAGGGAUAGUUGACGCUGAGAGAGAAUCUGAGGAUAUUGCUGUUUAACCAAAGGCCCUACUCACAGUCAAAGCCCUAGCUGGUUCACCACUGGGAAGAGGGAAGGUAACCAGAAGUACCAUCCCCCUCCAGAUGUCCACAGGUCUGAGCAUAUGUGUUUGUGCUCUGUCAGAAUCUCAGUGAUGUUCUCCUACUUCUCUCUCCUGCUGCUGCUGAGUGUGUUCAGCUUGGCCUCCGUCUCACUGGCGCUGCCCUUUGAGCAGAGGGGCUUCUGGGACUUUGGCAUCGAUGGCGAUGGGGGUGGUCUGACGGUAAUGAUGAGAGAUGAAGAGGAUGGCUCAGCUGUGCUGCCCACAGAGCUGCCGCCUUUUGAGGUUCCUUUGUGUCCAUUUGGGUGCCAGUGUCAGCUAAAAGUGGUACAGUGUUCUGACCUAGGUUUGACCUCAGUCCCUCAAAACAUCCCCACCGACACCAAGCUUCUAGACCUGCAGAACAACCGCAUUACAGAGCUGAAGGAGAAUGACUUCAAAGGCCUCAGUAAUCUCUAUGCUUUGUCACUGGUCAACAAUCAGAUCUCUAAAGUUCAUCUGAGGGCCUUCACACCACUAAAGCACCUACAGAAACUUUAUUUUUCCAGGAACCUGCUGACAGCAGUACCCAAAAACCUACCACCCUCACUGGUGGAGCUGCGCAUCCACGACAACCGUAUUAAGAAGGUGCCUGCGGGCUCCUUUUCUGGCCUCGGCAGCAUGAACUGCAUAGAGAUGGGUGGGAACCCCAUUCAGAACGGUGGCUUUGAGCCCGGAGCUUUCAAAGGUCUCAAACUCAACUACCUGCGCAUCUCAGAAGCCAAGCUUACUGGUGUGCCUAAAGAUCUCCCUGAGAGCCUCCAUGAGCUCCAUUUGGACCAAAACCACAUCCAAGCAAUUGAGCUGGAGGACCUGAGGCGCUACAAGCAACUGUAUAGACUGGGCCUGGGUUAUAACAACAUUCGCAAUAUUGAGAGCGGCAGCCUGUCCUAUUUGCCAAACCUGAGAGAACUGCAUUUAGAAAACAACCUGCUGACCCAUGUUCCCAAGGGCCUAGCUGACAUGAAGUAUCUGCAGGUGGUGUACCUCCAUUCCAACAACAUAACCCGGGUAAGCGUGGAUGACUUCUGCCCUGGAAGCUAUAACAUGAAGAAGAGCUUCUACAAUGGCAUUAGUCUUUAUGGAAAUCCCGUCCAGUACUGGGAAGUUCAGCCUGCAACUUUCCGCUGUGUCAGUGACCGCCUGGCCAUUCAUUUUGGAAACUACAAGAAAUAAAUGCACCCAGAGGCAGAGAGAAGAAAGAAGGAGUGAUGGAUAUUGAACAAUAUCAAAAUAAAACUGAAGAGAGGAAAGAAAAUCAGAAGACUGGGGAGGGGGAUAAAAUAUACAGUGGGUUUAGAUUAGAGUCGUCUUGAUGUAGAAGGAGCUUAAAAGCGGUUUAAUAAGGAAUGGGGGCUUGUCACGUUUCAAAUGUACAGCCUGAGAGCACAGUCUGGCUACAUGCCGGGAUAUAUUCACUGAGCUGACAUACAAAAAGCACCAUUCAGUUUUUAUAAUAACUGUUAUUGUUCACCAGAUCUGUUUAGUAGUAAUUCAUAUGUAUUAUUAUUAUUAUUAUUUGAACAGAGAAAUUAAAUAUAGAUUUUAAUGUUAAGGUGCCCUUUAUGUGUAGAUCUGCCUAUAUGAGUGUCUUUACUGAGUCACUGUCUUGCUUCUUGUGCUUUCGGCAUCUCUUCCUGAGGGGCUGUAGUAAAUGUAUACUGUAUGUGAUAGGAAACUACUUGUCCUAUACUUUAAAAUGCAGUUUGUCAGACCCCCAGGCCCCAUAUGUCCAUUCAGUGUCUUUACUGAGCCUGGAGCUGAUCUAUUCUAAUGUACUGUUUUGCACAUUGCCUCUUCAUAUUCUAGAUGGAAGCUCUGGAUGGGUUGAGCCUGUCCCUGCUUGUACUCUGCUCAUCUGCUGCAUUUUGAGAAUAAAAUAAUAUUCUUUAUGACUUGAUAA